AUGGCCUCGCGCGAGAGCAACCCAUUACGUCCGUAUUACGUCCCUCCUAUUGGGCUUUCUCCCACAGAGAGCGUCAACGCUUCCUCUGCUGCUCACAUCGCCUCUCAUGCCUCGUCAAGAACAAUAAUAGGCGGAUCAGCGAGGGAUCUACUGUCGGAUUUGGAUUAUAGCGAUUAUCUAGAUGCAUCGCCGUCGGUGUCGGAUUGGUUCAGAGAGCUGCUCGAUCGGGCAGUAUGGAAGUACUCGAGUGCUCUCUUAGCACAACCGUUUGACGUCGCGAAGACUUUACUUCAGAUUUACGUUGUGCCGGGUGAAGAGGAGACGCAGAAUAUUUAUGAAACGCGACGAAGGCAGAGUCAACACUUUCAGGAUGAUACUUCCGAUCAGGAUUCCCAAUCCUCGGACGACGAGAGUCACUACUUCACCAACACUGCACCAACAACACCCUCCCCUUCGACCCCUCGGUCACGCAAAUCUCGCCCUCAAAUCACCGACCGAGCUGGGUACAUCCAGCAGCCUCCUACCCCAACACACCGUCUGCAGAUCAAGAACCCCUCUUCACUGAUGGAAGUCAUCUCACGCCUAUGGACGACAAGCGGACCGACAUCAGUAUGGAAGGCUACGAAUGCGACAUUCAUGUACUCGCUCCUUCUACCUACGCUCAACUCCUUUCUUCGAAGUCUCCUGUCUGCGAUUAUCGGUCUGCCGGAAAUCGGCGGCACGUCGUCGCUUACUGAAGACAUCUUGACCGUGUCUUCGCCGGCUGCUACACUAAUUAUUACGUUUAUUGCCUCUGCGCUGUCAUCGAUCAUCCUCGCCCCUCUCGACACAGCACGUACAUUUCUUAUCGCAACUCCGCUCACACACGGUCCUCGAUCCCUGUUCCGAGCACUACGCCUUCUCCCAACUCCGAAUUAUACGAUACCCACUCACCUCGUUCCGAUUACCGUCCUUCAUUCAAGUUUACCCAGUCUACUUGCCAUGAGCACGCCUUUGUUUCUCAAAAAUUACUUUGCAAUCGAUCCCGUUCUCAAUCCUUCUGCUUGGGGCCUGUUCAGCUUCGUGUCGAGCGGGCUAGAGCUUGCCGUCCGGUUCCCAUUAGAAACAGUAUUGCGACGAGCUCAAAUCGCGACAUUUACCUCACCAGCUCUACGUCAACGAGCCUAUUCCAGGUCCUCAAAAUCAAAAGCCCUGGCCAAAACCGAUCUUGACAGUACCGAAAUCGAAACAAUCGUUCCUACGCCAAAGACAUAUCGCGGCAUCAUUGGCACCAUGUGGAGUAUCGUCUACGAAGAAGGGGUAAUGGUAGAGUCAGAGGACGAGGUAUCUCGACUAGUAAGCUCACAAACAGCCCAAAAAAGACGAAGACCCGGCCAGGGCAUCCAGGGUCUCUAUCGUGGUUGGAGAAUGGGUAUGUGGGGGUUGGCAGGUGUAUGGGGAGCAGGCUUCCUGGGAGCUGCGAUGGGGAAUGGUGAGGAUGAGUUUGUGACAUCUACGCCUGGCUUUGAGUAUCGCAAGGGCGGUAUCGCUCGCCCUUUCUGA